GCGGCAUCGCGCGUUCGCCGCGCUAGUAGUGCGCUGCUGGAACCCCGACUAGGCAGGUCCGAGAGCGAUACGAAGAGAGAGCGAGACAUACGAAACUACCGACCGAGAAACGAAGAUCGACUGGAGUGACCGAGCGCGCAGAAGAAGGGAGGGUGUGAGACACACUGGGUCCUUGCGCUGGCGUCAGUUAUUCGGCUUGCCGCUUGCUUGCCGGGCGUAGUGCGAUCUUGCUUCCGAGGACUACGGGCCGUUGACACGCGAAAUAUACAAACGAACACGGAAAAAACGUAUCGUGUUAACGUUCGUUUAGAAUAAAAGACCGGACCGACACACACCUAGUGCCAGACCGCGUAAUCCUGUCCCCAUUGAUGCCAGUAUUUGGACACUCGCAUUAUUUGGAUUAAGAUAAUGCAAUAAUGUUUUGGCAAAGAAUGUACCUUGCACUGGGACUGUUCGGUGUCCUGUUGCUCCUGACGAACGCUGACAACAGCGUCCACAUUUUGUCAAAGUACCAUCAACUGAUCACCUCGACUACCCUCAACUGGCUGCCGCGCGCACACUAUGAUCCGUCGAGGGAAAUAGUCGUCGGCGGCUUCGAGUUCGAAGACUCGGAGGACGAGUCGUACAAUCAGGCAGAAAAGUCGGAGAGAAAGAAGCCCCUGUACGUGUGCCGCGUACUGCACACCACCGUCUGGGUGGCUGGUAGCCAGAAAGGCGACGAGAAACGAUGCACCGUCACGAUUCACGGCAGCGUGCAGUCGUACGACAAAUACGAAUUGUUGGAGAACGUCGACAAUGCCGCCCGCGUCAACUGGGAACACUGGGAUAAAUACAAACCGACUCCCAUAGGAGCGGUGGCUACGGAAAAGAUGUUCGUGGCGCGCCACGCGGUUCACAACAACAAAGAGGGCUCAGACGCCUCGCCGAGGUACACCCAUUAUAUCGGAACCUUGAAUUCAAACGACAAUCUUGGAACUAUCAGCUACGUGACAGACGAUGGCACGGAAGUGACUGCAAAGUCGGGCGACGUUCUCGUCGAGACCGAACCGAUAUACUACGAUUUGACUAGAGUUAAAUUAACCUGGUCUAAAAAGCGUGUGAUCAAGGCCACGCCGCUACAACUGGGUAAUGCAACGAUUUCCAAUACCGGGCCGGAAGCUGCAAACAUGGCGCAAGCUUUUGGAUACACGUACAAGUAUUCAGUGUACUGGGGGCAAGGGCACGCUAUCUUGAAAGGCCUAAAUACAUCGAUCACGUUGACGAACGGGACAGUUUUGCCAAAAAUAGUUUGGGGUAUAAUGGAGACAACCGAACGUUCGGACGUACACACGUUGGAGAUAUUCCUGGAGCCUGGCACAGGUGUGAACGUUACAUUGAACGCCAAUUAUACCGACAUGGAAGUACCCUACUCCGGAACAUUAAUCUCUCUCUAUGAGGACGGUGAGACGAAAUCACGCGUGAUCAACGGUAUUCGCAGGGAAGAGACUAUGUUCGACAUAAAACCAGAAUUCGGACCUAUUUACUUCUUAAGCAAUAAUAGUUUAGUUCCUACCACCACUGUACCGCCCACUACAGAAGCAAGCACUACCGCGAUGCCUCGGGACACGAGUAAGGACGCGCGUAAACAAGAUACGGAUAACGAAGACCACGAUGAGAACAUGAUUGUACCACCGAAGAAGUCAGACAUGUCUAAUAUGCAAAGCGACGACGGCGGACCGCUGUCCCUUAAGAACAAGGUAGAAGUUUCACAUUCUGGAACGUGUUUACACAGAUUAAACAUGAUACUUAUACCGUUCUUAACGAUCAUCGUCCAUAGAAAUACGUGAAAAUACGACUCGAAAAAUUCUAAAUCCUAAGUUGCAAUAGUAAUAUAUUCGUAGAACAAUAUUGAAGAAAGAUAACAAAAAAGAAAAAAAAAACAAACGAAAAGAAAAAUGUUGCUGUAAUUUCGUACAUAGCAAUUAUGGCACGAAAUAAAGCUCCUUGGUUAAAUCGCUGAUUGUCAGGCUGUGGUAUCAGCACUGACAUAUGCUUGCCUUUCGAGAAAACUUGAUAUUUAAUAUAUAAUAUAUAUAUAUAUAUAUAUACAUAAAAAUAUAUAUAUACACGUUUAGGAUAGCAAAGAAAUACCUUAAUAAUGAGCUAGUCUCAUGACAAUGUUAAGUACAAGCGAUUGCAGCCAAUGUAAAUGUUAACACAAGAAUUGUUAACAUUACCUCUAUUGUUGAAUAACUGAAUGUAACUAUGACAUUCCGUCUUUACUAAUUCUGCUGUGAAUCGAUUUUCCAGCUAACUAUUUUAUGCCUUCGCAAAGUGUAAUUCUAGAUCUUCUAGAAGACUUUAAAAGCUUGAAAAUGAUGAUAUCUUCUUUGAGAAACGUGUUCAAAGAGAGUUAUAAUUACUGCAGGUAUUAUCUCGGGCAAAAUAGCUUAUAAUGAAAACGAGUAAAAUGAAAAUGAAGGAUAAAGAUGCGCGAGUUAAUGUAGCUAUGAUAUAUUUUUGAGAUUGCAGUAUAAUUUUAGAAAAUUGUAAGAUUUAUAAAGGUGUAGCAAGUAAGAAUAUGUAGAGUAUAGGUGGAUGGGUACAAGUAUUUUUCAAAACUAUUUUAAUAUCAUUUCCAUGACCGAUGUAAAUUUUUUAUAGGAUUUGCCAUGUAGCGGUAAUAGUAAAAAUGAAUGAACAAUCUCGAGGAUAAGCAACGAUUUAACCGUGUACAGAUUCUGCAUAAUUCCGAACAAAAAUUUACAUUCCUAAACUGUUAAUAUAUUUAACCACCGAAUGUAAUUUCUGUUUUAAAUUUAUUCCAGUAUUUUGUGUACCCAUCUGUCUCACAUGUAAAGUGAUAGGGCUUGCAGAUUCCUAGACGAUUAUUAUUAAUGGAAAUUGUAAUGGCAGAGGAACGCAGUAUUUUAAUUUGUAUAGAUAUGUUAAUAAUUUAUAAGGUACAUUUCUUUGAUAAGUGAAAGAGAAAUAUGGACUUAUUUAAUUCUGUGUCUAAUUUAAACGUUUUUUAGUUAAAAGCAUAACAAAGAAAAUAUUUUCAUAUAUUCGCGUAUUUCUGAUCAUUUUUACUUGAAAUUAUUGGUAUGUAUAUAACAUGUUUCUACAUUCUGACUAGGUGUAAUUGUUGUAAACUUAUUUAACCGUUUAUAGUUUGUCCUAACAAUGGUAACAACAUUGUAUAAUUAUCAUAUUUUAUUAUAUUGUAAUAUCGAUAGAAGUAAUAUAAAAUAUUCAUUUUGAACACGAACAGAUGUCCAUGGCUUUCUAACAGCAUUUAUCAAAGUAAGCCUAAUCACAACAUUGUGAUAUUCAGUAAAAUUUUAUGUAGACAUAAAAGAAUAUAACAUAUUCUGUUAAAUAAUUUGUUAAUUAUCAUAGAAAGCAAUAAUUUGUUGCGAGAUUGGGACAUGUGAGUUUUAGAAUGAUGUGUGAUUAAAUGAAACAGAAGAAAAAUUAGGUAGAAGAUGCAAGAUAUUAUGAUGUUUAAUAUUGUGAGCAAUAUUUUCUCAUUGUGAAUAAAGUGACGUAACGGACAUGGCCCAAAACAAUCGAAUAGUAAGUUUACAGGAUAAAGUUAUGAAAGGAAAAAAGAUAACCAUAGAAAAUUGAUAGAAAAUGAAUACUGCUUAUUUUUUAGUUGCUUCUUCAUUCUCCUGUAUACAUUUGAGAAGAUAUUAAAAACUACAAUGCAAGCAAAUGAAUUUAGUAAUGCCAAGGACUGUCCUUAGCUUCUACGACCAUCUGCAUUAAACAAGUAUGUUAUUUGUGAAUAAUCUAUUAUGCUGUACAUUAUCAUGUAAAUAUAAAUGCUACAUGUACAUGUAAAAAUGUAUUCAACCUUCAAUAAUUUAUGAAUGCAUGAUACAAAUU